AAAAAUAUUGUAGAAACUACCUAACUUUUCCAUCUCUCUCCUCUCAAAAAAAUCCAUACUUCAUCUCUCUUCAAUCUCUCAUUCAUCAUCGCAGCAAUUUCUCCCCGCAAAUCCCAACUGUUUUGGUUCCAAAUUCGUUGAAAAUUUGAGUAGCAAGGUGAAGCUGCGGAGGUCAACAAUUUCAUCACUUCCGUCAUCCAUUACUCUCAAACAUAUCCCUUUCCGUUGUCCCCUUCAGCUGCUGAGCUGCUGCAGAAUUAGUAUUGAAAUUUUUGCGAUCAAUUCGUGAAUUAUCGUAGCUAUCAUUUUCGUUCCGAUCGUCGCGAAUUAUGGAGUCGAGGAAUAAGGGCAGUCGCCAGCUCGAAAGAGCUGUUUGCUAUUCAAACUUUGAGAGGAAGUCUAUGGCAUCGCCAUCUGUUAUUGUUAUAGGUGCCGGUUUUGCCGGCAUUGCAGCUGCACGAGCUCUGCAUGAUGCGGAAUUUCAGGUAGUUGUACUCGAAUCACGUGAUAGAAUAGGUGGAAGAGUGCACACCGACUAUUCUUUUGGUUUCCCAGUUGAUUUGGGUGCUUCAUGGUUACAUGGUGUUUGCAAGGAAAAUCCGUUAGCCCCUGUUAUUGGACGACUGGGUUUACCACUUUAUCGCACUAGUGGGGAUAACUCUGUUUUGUACGAUCAUGAUCUCGAGAGUUAUGCGCUUUUUGAUAUGGACGGAGAGCAAGUUUCUCCAGAUCUUGUAGCGAAAGUCGGGGAAACAUUUGAGAGCAUCUUGAAAGAGACGGAACUCAUAAGACAGGAAUUCAGUGAGGACAUGUCCAUAAAGCGCGCCCUCUCAAUUGCUGUCGACAGGAGACCAGAUUUAAGGUUGGAGGGGCUUGGUCAUAAAGUUUUGCAGUGGUACCUAUGCAGAAUGGAAGGCUGGUUUUCUGCAGAUUCCGAUACCAUAUCACUUAGAGGCUGGGAUCAGGAAGAGUUACUUCCUGGUGGGCAUGGGCUAAUGGUGCGAGGAUAUCGCCCCGUUAUUAAUACUCUUGCCAAAGGUCUCGACAUUCGCUUGGGCCACAGGGUGAUAAAAGUUGUUAGGCGCUACAACGGAGUAAAGGUGACUGUAGAAGACGGGAGAACCUUUGUAGCAGAUGCUGCUGUUGUCGCUGUCCCUCUUGGCGUUCUAAAAUCGAACUGCAUCAGUUUUGAGCCGAGACUACCCGAAUGGAAGGAAGCAGCCAUCAAGGACUUAGGGAUUGGGAUCGAGAACAAGAUCAUCUUGCACUUCGAGAAAGUGUUUUGGCCUAAUGUAGAGUUCUUGGGCGUUGUUGCUGAGACCUCGUAUGAGUGCAGUUAUUUUCUCAACCUGCACAAGGCUACGGGCCAUGCGGUACUCGUCUACAUGCCCGCAGGCCAGCUGGCCCGUGAGAUCGAGAAAAUGUCCGACGAGGAAGCUGCAAACUUUGCCUUCGCACAACUACAGAGGAUCCUCCCAAAUGCUGAUGCACCGGUGCAGUACCUGGUUUCGCAUUGGGGAUCCGACAGAGACUCACUGGGAUCCUACAGCUACGACAAAGUCGGGAAGUCCCACGAGCUCUACGAACGGCUGAGGAUCCCGGUCGACAACCUGUUCUUCGCCGGGGAAGCAACGAGCAUAGACUACCCAGGGUCGGUCCACGGUGCAUACGCCACCGGUCUGAUGGCCGCGGAGGACUCCAGGAUGCGCGUCUUGGAGAGGUACGGGGAGCUCGAUCUUUUCCAGCCGGUGAUGGGCGUGGACGCCCCGACAAUUUCGGCCCCGUUGCUCAUCUCUCGUAUGUAAGCAAGUGAGUUGUAGUGGUAGAUAUUUGGUGGUUGUUGCUUUGUGAGCAGUUGUGGAAAUCAGAAGAUUUCCUAAUUGAGUGAUCGGAGCAGCAGUCCAUGUGUGUGUAGUUAUCCUUAAAAUAUGCCGUUUCAGGUAAGAAAUGAACUAUCCUAGUAAUUGUUAGUUUCAUCACUUCAUGUGUAAAAGGUUGUAAUAGUCUUUGAGCUCCUUUGCUAUGCAUUAAUAAGAGUGAGAUAAUGUAUUGUCUGUUCUAAAAAUCAAAGCUUUUUAUAAAAUAAUGAUUCUUUAUCUAUUA